AUGACUUGUGGAAACCGGUGUGAACUAGUAUGACAAAAGAACUUGAAGUAAACUCAAGACCAGACCAAAGGUAGAAGGAAGGAUGAAACUUUGUCUGCAGUUCAGAGAAAACAGGGGGAUGCUGACAUAAUGCAACAGAAACAGAAAGCCGCAAAUGCAAAGAAACAGCAAGCAGGAUAA